CGCAUACCCAUUUAUGCCGCGUUAGCACAACCGAAGCCUUCGAAGCACUUCGUACGUAGUCAUGCAAGCGAUUAAAUUCGCUCAGUCGGUGCGCCAAGCCACACGCGCCAGCGCACUAAGUCUCACGCGUGCCUCUCGGUUUGUUCCCAUUGCAGCUGUCGCAUGCACCCGUGUACGGACAAGAUUCCUGUCUAGUGAGCCUCACUUACACAGUGAUGGCAAACCGUCAGGGCUCGUUCUCACAGUGGCUAAUCCCGCAGUCAUCUUAAACAAUAUUGCUCAGCGCUAUGAAUCAAUCUCGCGUAUCUUGAUGGAGUACAUCGACAACGCCAUUGACGACCGCGAAGCCGACUUCAGACAGAAUGGCAAUGAGUACGAUAAACCGGUGGACAUCCGCAUCACACUCGACAGUAAGAGACGCACAAUCAAAAUCACCGACAACAGCAGUGGCAUGCCACAGCAGCAGCUCACCGAAGCCAUUCUAACGGCGGGCGAAAGUAAAAAGAAAGGCGUUCCAUGGCUCAACGGUCAGUUCGGAUUCGGUAUUCACGCGUUUCGGGCUGCGGCGAAAACCAUCAAAUUAGAGUCAAAGACUCACGAUGGUCCCCUGUUGAGUGUUACUCUGGAUCGAGAUCGUCACACCGACAUAGAGCCGCCACACAUCAUCGUGCACCCUGAGACGCCCAUUUACACCAGCGGAACGAAUGUCUACAUCUCCGGAGUCGAUCCAGAGUGGCUGCGAGGGGUGGACAUCAACGUUAUCGCGGAGGAAAUUCAGUAUCACUUCGAGCGCUUGCUUUGUCGCCCUGAUCUGUCGAUUACUGUGGAAGAAAUCGUUGGCAAAGUGAUGAAGCGACGCAAGUGUAUACCUUUUGAUUAUGAGAAAAUCGAAGGGGUCGAGUUCCGAGACGAUUUCACAGUGCAUGGGCACUCCGUGACUGUGAAUUUGAAGGUGACCACCCAUGAGUACACAGGGUGUCGCCCACGGUUCUUCUCAUUGGGACGGCGCAUUAACGAAGUAGACAAAAUGCAGUCGUUCGCUAAGCACAGCCAGUACAAGUCCACUCUGUGGUCGCAUCCCAACAUCAUCGGUUACAUCGAUGUGACAGAUGCCGUGCAAACAGUCAUCACCAGAGACGAGUUCCAGACGGGAGCUGAGCGUCGCGCGCUGUACGAUCGCCUGACAGCACUGGAACCCAAAAUCAAAGCAGCGCUCGAUAUGGAAACGGCACAGCACACAGUCAAGGAGAUGACCAAAUAUGGCGUUGAUCUGAGUGAGGCCUUCUUUGACAUGAUGACCGACCAGGAAAAGGUCAAGCGACGCAUUGCGAGAGCCAUGGAAAAGAAGCGCCGAAGUUUACCCGGAAUGACGGUCGAGGAGCUCGAGGUGAUAAAGCCUAAGCCGCAGCCAAAACCACAGCCAAAAGCAGAACCGGUGACGCAAAGUCAACCGACGAAAGUGCAGAAGCCUGAGCCAAUUGAUGGGGAGAAACUCAGACAGCAACGGGAGACGCAGGAAAAUACCCUCGAAGCAAAACCGCUGACGCAAAGUCAACCGACGGAAGUGCAGAAGCCUGAGCCAAUUGAUGAGGACAAACUCGGACAGCAACGGGAGGCGCGGGAAAAGGCCCUCGAAACAGAACGACUCAAGAAAAAGCACGACACCAUGAUUCAGAUGCAGUUCAUAGAGAUGCCAGCAGCUGAAGACCAGCCACUUCAUCGAUCUGUGAUGGUGGGCAACCAGAUCCACAUCAACACAUUACACCCUGACUUCAUCUCCCGUCUGGGUGCUGCUAAGGGUGGCCAUAUGGUGAAGGUCACUGACCGCACAGCACAGUACUUGUCGCAUCUCAUCGCAUAUCACUACAACGAUAGACAAUAUAGCGAAAAGGACAUGCAUCCCGAUCGCACAACACUAAUGAAUGACAUAAUGGACACCGCUACGCUAUUCGAGGACCACAUGCGCACGCAUUUCCAAGUCAAAACACCAAAUCUAAUUAAGGGACAGACCAAGAAGCCCAACAAGGCAUUGGGCGAUGCCAUAGAAGUGAUUGAGAGUUAACGUGCAAUCUCACACAUCAGACAUUGCCUCAAUUGUAGCGUACCGAUGGCAGCCCUAUAACUAAGACAAACAGGACGAGAGCCUAUCGCACACAGAUACGGAGCACAUAGCCUCCAUCGUGCAUCAUACGCCCACGUGAACGGUGGAUUGAAAUAAACGCUUUAUCACUUGCGAGGGGGUUGUAAGGCAUCGUCCUACUCAUAAUUGCACCAAACAGCACGAGUGCAAGGAAUGGACACUAAUCCCUAAGCUAUCGCCAGGAAAUGCUUUCAGAGUGUGGCGGCAAAUGAUGUGUGCCAUCAAUCGUCGUGCACAAACACUGUCAAUAAACGCUACAAAAUAUCGCA